CUGGCUUUGACACCAACUGAAAGCGAAAGUUGGUGUAUCAAUUAUAUUUACUGUGCGCGUGUCUGUAGAAGAAGAGAAUCGAUCUAAUGUACCAUAUAUAAUGUUCAGUAUUCACUCUCAACAAAAAACUGUUUUCCUACGAAUCUUAUGUGAUUCACUUGUUUAUGUUGAACAAAAACGCUGUCAUUUUGGGAGAGUAACAUUUAUUCGUUAACACAGGGCAUGUUUAUUUAUGUAUUGUGCGCUUGAUUUCAAUACGUUUGUGUGCCGAACAUUCGAAACGAUAACAUUGAAUGUAUAAACUAAAGUGAGGUUAUAUUACGACGCAAUUCAACUAACAAUAAGUUUUCGCAAGCAUAAAAAGGAAACAAUUGAGACAAUGGAUUCACCCGAAACAACCGAUUCAGUUCAGAACGCGAAAAAACGUCGAAUAGAAGAUCCGAAUGCAAAAGAGAAGGAUGCAUCGACAAAUGAUGCCUCUUUUGGUUUUUUGAAUUCCAAACUACUAAAACAUAUUUUUGCAAUGGUAAAUCUGAAAGAUCUCGCAGCCUUAGGAUCCGCGUGCAAAAAAUUCAAAAAGAAUGCUCGUGAAGUUUUUGCUGAGAAACACGGCAGUGAAUUGUUUGAAGUACAUGCAACCGAAUCGUUGGUGAAAAUUGCUGAAAUAUUGCGGUGCUUCCAAAACCAAUUCACAAAAUUGGGAUUGUUUUACUCCAAUAAAUCAAAGGCCAAUGUCAAAAUUGAUGUUUUGGUGAACAAAUACUGUCAUCAAUCGCUUAGUGAAAUUCAAUUCACGGAUGUUGGCUUGUAUUCCUCGGCGCGUUCGUUCACCUUUCCGUUCUGUAGUGUGACGAGCCUGGUAGUUCAUUCAGGAUUACUUUCGGGAAAAUUGGACGACAUCGUAACGUUAUUUCCAAACGUAAUGAAUCUUGAUCUUCAUCGAGGUGUUCAACCAGGUGGCGCAAAAGAUAACAGCGCAAUUCCAACACUGCGCCAUUUAAGCUUCAGCUUUGACCCAGAUCAUGAUCUGGAUUCAUACACUAACCUCUUGGUAAAGACAAAUCCACAGUUGAUUAGCUUGAAAGUGCAUUACUCAGAUGAAACUCCAACCGAACAUCUUUGGCUGAUUCGGGAUUCAUUGCCAAAUCUCUUGCGACUAUCGCUAGACGUGAAAAUAGUACGUGUGGAUAAAGAACCAUUCAGACCACUAUUAUUCAAUCAUCUCCGUUAUCUAAGUAUCAACUGUGCUAUCAAUUCACAUGCGUUGAAACUAUUGGUAAUCACAUCGAAAUGUCAAAUCAAACGGCUAGACAUCUCGAUUGAAGGAAAUGUUGAUGCGAACUGCAUCAGUUUUUUGAAACGACAUCAAUCGGAUGAGUUACGAUUGACUGUGUCAAAAAUGAACAAUCAACAUAUUGAACAGCUCAAAAAAAUGCUUCAAACAGCAACGAAAGUGGAGUUCAUCAUACGCAAUGACUUCAUGGUUUCUCGCAAUGGUUUGAUGGAUUUGAUUUCCAAGUGUGAAAAGCUCAAAAGCAUCCGCAUUGAGCAAACAAACGUUACGGGACUGCCCCCAAUCGAGAUAUCAAUGCAAGGCAUCGGUGAAAAUAUUUGGAACAAAGAUUGACUAGAAGCGGAUUUCUUUUGACUCCUUCCAUCAUAAACAAAAUCAUUAUUGACAAUCUGAAUCAAGAUAAUUUUAUUCCAUACUAAAUAAUCUAAACAUUUAGAAUUAAUUGGAGAAAGUAGGAGAACAUGUUGAAUGUUGUAUGUUGUUUAGUUGGUAAACACACCAGACGAAAUUUCGAACGAGUUCGAAAAACAUUGUAACGUCAAUAAGAGAUGGCACUAAAAACUGUGCGCUGACUUCCAAACAAAGGAAGGUGAUUCACAUAUAAAAAUACCCCAUUUCGUAUAAGAUUUUGCAUCUAUCAAACGAAUAAAAAGUCUAGAAGAAAAUAUUAUUAAUUCGAUGAAUAGAAAAAGCUAAUAAAAUAACAAUCAUGCGAUACAAACACCCAUAAAA